UAGCAGAUUCGUCUCCUUGUCUGUUGGUCUUUUUCAUGGACUGCUCUGCCUGCCGGCAGCAGGGCUGUGACACCCCCAGGGAAGCCAUCAAGCAUCAAGGAGGAUCAGGCGCAGAGCGGAGAGACAUCCUGAGAAUCGACGGACUCAAGAGGCUCAGCACCUACAGCAGAAACAGGAAAGAUUCUGGGAGCCAGAGAGGAGGACAGACGGACGGCAAGUCCCCUGGAGAAAGCCAUCCACUUUCGGAGUCAGGUACCCUCUUCCUGAGCCAGCUUCUCUGUCGUUCCUCCUCAUUCAGCUCAGCAGGGUGGAGACAAGAGUAGGGGAGAACCAUGGGGCCUGAGCGAGCCAGUGGAGUGGGUACUCGCCAGAGACGGGAGAGGUCUCCAGAAGAGGGGCUGUCCCCUGUACAGAGAAGACGGUGGGCGAUGGCCAGGCGGGCGCUGAUGACAGUCCUGUCUUUCAGUCUGGUCCUCGGUAUUUCUCUGCUGCUUUGGGCCUACGUCUUCCGGGGCUGUGGCCCUCCCCCCUGUAAGACGCCCGUGUGCUGGGAUCUCCUGGAUCAUUACCUGGCCUCUGGAAACACCAGUGUGGACCCCUGCACUGACUUCUUUAGCUUUGCCUGUGGAAAGGCCAACAGGACCAGUAAUUCUUUGCAGGCUCUCAAAGAGGAGAACAAAAGGCGGCUUCGGAGGAUCCUGGAAGCCCCAGGUGCCUGGCCCCUGGCCCCUGGGGAGGAGAAAGCCUUCCAGUUCUACAACUCGUGCAUGGACACAGGUGCCAUUGAGGCUGCAGGGGCUGGGCCCCUCAGACAAGUUAUUGAGGAGCUCGGAGGCUGGCCGCUCUCUGGUAACUGGACUCCCUUGGACUUUAACCAAACUCUGAGCCUUCUGAUGAGUCAGUAUGGUCACUUCCCAUUCUUCAGAGCCUACUUGCGACCUCUUCCCACCCCUCCACAUGUGCCGGUCAUCCAGAUAGACCAGCCAGAGUUUGAUAUUCCCCUCAAGCGAAAACUGGAAGUGAAGACCUAUACCCAGAUCCUGCGAGAGUACCUGACUUACCUGAAUCGCCUGGGAACCUUGCUGGGGGGAGACCCAAGCAAAGUGCAAGACCACGCCUUCUCGUCCAUCUCCAUUACCUCGCGGCUCUUCCAGUUUCUGAGCCCCCUGGAGCAGCGGUGGGCGCAGGGGAAGCUCUUCCAGAUGGUCACUAUUGACCAACUGCAGGAAAUGGCCCCUGUCGUCGAUUGGCUGUCCUGCUUGCAAGCGACAUUCACACCGAUGUCCCUGAGCCCCUCCCAUCCCAUCGCAGUCCAUGACCUGGAGUAUUUGAAAAACAUGUCACAACUGGUUGAAAAGGAGCUGUCGAAGGACAGGGGCUUUCUGCAGAGCCACAUGAUCUUGGGGCUGGUGGGGACCCUUUCUCCAGCCCUGGACAGUAAAUUCCAAGAGGCACACAGAGUGCUGAACCAGAAACUGCGGGAGCUGACAGAUGGACCACCCCUGCCCACCUACCCUCGCUGGAUGAUGUGUGUGGAGGAGUCGGAAGCCUUCUUCGAGCCCACGCUGGCAGCCUUGUUUGCCCAGGAGACCUUCGGCCGGAGCACCCAAAGUGCUGCCAUGGAAUUAUUCACUGUAAUCAAGGAGGCCCUUAUCACUCGCCUCCAAAGACUUCCCUGGGUGGAUGAAGAGACCCGGAAGGAGGCCCUGAACAAGGUUGCACAAGUGCAGGUGAAGAUGGGGGCCCCGGAAUGGGCCCUGAAGCCAGACCUGGCCAGACAGAAAUACCGUGAUAUACAACUUCAACCCAGCUUCCUGCAGUCCUUCCUGAGCUGCGUCCGAUCUCGCCGAGCCAGAAUUAUCCGGAGUUUCUUGCAGCCUUUCCCCCACCACAGGUGGCAGGUGCCCCCCUGGGGGGUUAAUGCUUACUAUUCAGUAUCUGACCAUGCGGUGGUCUUCCCAGCUGGACUCCUCCAACCCCCAUUCUUCCACCCUGGCUACCCCAGAGCCGUGAACUUUGGUGCUGCUGGCAGCAUUAUGGCCCAUGAGAUGCUGCACAUCCUGUACCAGCUCUUAUUCCCUGGGGGCUGCCCGGCCUGUGACACCCGUUCCCUACAGGGGGCGCUACUGUGCCUGGAGCGCCAUUAUGCUUCCUUUCCAUUACCCAAAGGAAUCUCCUUCAACGGCUCCCGCACAUUCCUGGAGAAUGCUGCCGACACAGGCGGGCUGGCCAUUGCGCUGCAGGCAUACAACAAGAGGCUACUGUGGUACCGUGGGGAGACCACCCUGCCCCACCUGGACCUCAGCCCCAGGCAACUCUUCUUCCGAAGCUAUGCCCAGGUGAUGUGUAGGGACCCCAGCACUCAGGAUCCUCGGGACACUCACAGCCCUCCUACCCUUCGAGUGCAUGGGCCCCUAAGCAACAGCCCAGCCUUCGCCAGACACUUCCAUUGUCCCCAUGGUACCCUCAUGAACCCCUCCAGCCGCUGCCAACUCUGGUAACCUGGCCAGCUACCAAAGAGAUCUCAGCACAGAUGUAUCAACAUCUCCCUGCCCCAUCCAUGGAUUCAGGGCAAUAUCUCCUCUCCCCUUCCGUUUCCCAAAUAAAAGCUGGCCCUUGGUUUC